AUGAAGCCACCACUCAUGUUGUUUAUUGUGUAUCUACUGUGGUUGAAAGACUGUCACUGUGCACCUCCUUGGAAGGAUAAAGCCAUCACCCAGGGAAACCUGAAGGAUUUUUCCAAGACAGAAGAGAAAAAUGUAGAUGAAGAGGUGAAGAAAGCUUUGAUUGGUAUUAAGCAGAUGAAAAUCAUGAUGGAAAGAAGAGAGGAGGAACACAGCAGUCUAAUGAAAACCCUGAAGAAAUGCAAGGAAGAAAAGCAGGAAGCCCUGAAACUUUUGAAUGAAGUUCAAGAGCAUUUGAAAAAAGAAGAAAACCUAUGCCAAGAGUCUUUGGCCAAAUCCUGGGAUGAAUGCAAGUCUUGCCUAGAAAGUAAUCGCAUGGGAUUUUAUACACCUUGCCAAACUAGUUGGUCCUCUGUGAGAAAUAUGGUUGGACAUUAUUUUGGGAAAAUAUAUCAAUUUCUAUUUUCCUUCCAAGAACACGAGAAAGAUCUGGUUGAUGAAAAUCUCAUUGAGGAAGAUGUGCAGCUGACCCAAAUAGAAAAUGCGUUCAAUCAGAUGACAGUGGAUGUGAGAUUUCUCUUUAACAGGAGUUGUAAUGUCUUCAAACAAAUGCAGCAAGAAUUUGACCAAGCCUUUCAAUCAUAUUUCAUGUCAGAUGCAGACCUAGUUGAGCCUUACUUUUUCCCAGCUUUAUCCAAAGAGUCUAUGAAAACAUUGGAUCUUGUGCAAAGUUGGGACAUUCUCAAAUUCUUCCAGAUAUUUUAUAAUUUAACUCUCUCUACUUAUCAAAACAUCAGAGAAACAGUUGCUGAGACACUGCAUGCAAUAGAGGAUUUACCAAAACAAAACAAUGAUUCUGACGAUCAAAACCUAAAUUCAAGGAGUUGGUCAGUGUCUGAGAAAGAACUUUGUGGGCAGCUUAGCCUGAAUGUGUCAGAAUGUUUACAGUUUCACAAAAGAUGCGCAAAAUGUCAGAAUUACCUAUGUAAAGAGUGCCCUGAUAUCUCUGAACUGCACACAAAAGUACACGAAGCACUUAAAUUGGUCAACAUAUCCCACCAGCAAUAUGCCCAAAUUCUCCAGGUGACCCAGUAUCAUCUGGACAAUACUGUGAACCUCAUGACGAGGAUGGGACAACACUUUGGCUGGGUGACUGAACUGGUGAAUCAGACCUUAGGAACUGAGAACAUCUUCAGUUUGAUAAAGGUACCACCAGCUACUCAGGAAGAAGACUUUUCCAAUCAAGAUGAAAUGAUAUACUUAAACAUUCUGCCUCUCUUUAAUUUAACACUACAGAUCCCUCUUGAAGAAAAUGCUGAAAAUUCUAACUUCAUUAGUUAUCUAAUAACAAAAGUUCUACAGUAUUUUGAAGAACAUUUUUAA